UUGAUUUAGUAGACUGUCUUGGCUAGCCUGAAGAUGAUAAAUGAAGCAGCAGCGAGCUAGCCCCGCGAUAUUCGGGUUUUACCAUUGAACCACAACUUCUCCAGCACAUUUACCGACCACACUAGCACUAUAACUAGAUCGAUACAGCUUUAAAUCAAUUGGAUCAAAAUCUCGCGAUAGAUUACCACUGACGUUUCUUUGGCUUCGGAGGUGUGACAGUAUGGGGCUAUCAGCACGGUUUUUCAGCACCGGGAUACCUCUUGUGGUCGUCGCGUGUGUUCUUUUGCAGUACACGGAUUGUUACAUAUCUCGUCCGACUGCUACAAGCAAAACUUGCGUAUACUUUAACCCACUGUGUCGAAAGAAUUGCAAGAAGGUGGAAAUAUGCCCAAUAUACCAAGGCAAAGUGUCGCACUGCUUUGCGCUGUACAAGAACACAACACAAGGAGUUGAGUUCAUUCGCCAAGGUUGUUGGCUGCAGAAUAAAGCUUUCUGUCCCAUGUACCCAUUCUGCAUCAAUAACGACAUAAACAGCAAACAUGGCAUCGAGUUCUGCUGCUGUACUGGUGACGAGUGCAAUAGAAACCCGCUUCCCAAAUAGCAACGCAUUGACUGCUUGCCGAGGGUCCUGAGAAGCGUAGGAAAGUGUGCUUUUUAACAAAUAUAUGCCUUAUAGUCCAUGCACUGUAUAAAGUGCAUUUUUAUGUAUGAAUAAAUAUGCCCUUCUGUA